UAGGAAGUUGGUUGUUACGAUAUGAUAGUCUAUAUCAUAUGUUUAUCUGAUUACCUUGCCUGAUCUGUUUUCCAAGUCAUAUAAGCGGGUGUAAAGACAGUACCAUAUGACAAAGUAGAUGGUGAUUAAACAUACCCAGUGGCGGAAACAAUCAUGAAAGCGGGUGUAAAUACACUACCAGAUGACAAAGUAGACGGUGAUGAAACAUACCCAUUGGCGGAAACAAGUAAUGUCAGCGGGUGUAAAUACACUACAAUAUGACAGAGUAGACGGUGAUUAAACAUACCCAUGCAAAAUUCUUUGCCCCGUGACUUCCGGUUUGGACGGUAAACACAACCGGUCUGCAGCCGGAGGGAUUAAUGAACUGUGGAGGGGGAUCCGAAGAUUGAUCGAAACAACACUGUUGCGGCAUUGAAACAUCAUGUGUUUAUAACAUUCAGAUUUAGGUGAUUGUAGAAAGGAGAAGAGGAAUCAUACAGGAAUCGAAGGAGACGAGACAUUGGAAAUUUGAACACUGUGCAUUGAACAGCAACUUCUGAAAUACCAAUUCAACAAGACCAUAGCUUUGAUGCAGUCAUCAUUCCAUUGUAGAGGUAUCACUCAGGCUGAUCAAGCAUUUGAAUUAUAGUCAGCUACUAAGUGACAUUCUUGAUAAAGAUGGCUGUACCAAUUCCUCCUUACAAUGCUGAGAACCCGACUGAAGUCUACCCCUCACAUGAGAUGGUUGAUGUUAAUGAGACACUGUCAUGGAUACAAGAAGAAGAGGUGUGCACAGUGCAAGUAGAAUCAUCCGUUGGUGAUUUAAAUGUUGUGAGUAGCUACAAUCGUAAUCAAAAGAGAAGUCCUCUUUUUGCGAGUACAAAAAGAAAGAAAUUGAAGAAAAAGGAUCAGCACAAACCUAAAACCAAAAAAUCAAGUCCACAAAAGAAAUUGAUGACAUAUCUGAGAGGAAGAAAAUCAAAACAGGAAAUAAAGAGGCUUCCUAAGAAUGCUGGUUCUGAGGACACUGCUGAUCCAGAUGAGAUAGAACAAUAUGACAGAAGAAGUUCCUUACCUGUGGAAAUAGAUAACAUGGUUACACAGGAUCACACAAUUGUUGUACCUGUAGAAAAUAAAGAUGUUAUGACAAACUCAUAUGGAGACAGUCAGUGUUUUACAGACGAGGAUGACAGCUUCAGAGACGUCCAUUUCUCUGCAGAUGUCUACCUUGCAGACAUGAAUUUUUCUUCACUACUAGAUGAUUGGAGUAGGCAGUAUGAAGGGGUUUCCAAAACUGUGGAGGCAGAUGGACUUGGUUCUGAGAUGAAUGAUAUUGAAGAUGAUGAUUGCCAGAAAACCAUUGUAAAGAAAGUUACCUCUUGUAAGCAGUCUGCAACCAUUCUAUCUGCUCUGCCAAAAGCUGAGGCCUUAAAAAGUUCAAAUGCCAUUCAAUGUACAGAAGAUGCUAUGGAUUAUACUGCAGUUACUAAGGCAGGAGUAGAAAGUCAGGAGUUGAAAUCAUCCAAGAAAAGCCAUUACAAAGAUGAAACCAUUGAUUAUGACACAAAGCGACCUGUUUUGAUGAAGCUUUCCCACACAGUACCUUUCCCUUCUUUCAGAGAGUCUAACAGCCUGGGAGUGAGUUCUGACCAGAGGAAGGGAUCAAUCAAACUUGACUCGGAUGACCCUGUGGGAUCACUAGACCCGUCAGAAAUCAUGGACAUUGAUGACUUAGAUGAUAAGUUGGAGUGCCAUACUAUGAAGACUGAGACAGGACAGUACCCUCAUUUUACAACACCCAUUUUGAACACAGUAAGCUUUGAUGAAUUUGUGUUUCAGAAAGAAAAAUCUGAAUCCAAUUUUAAGAAUGUUACAAAUCAAUCACACGUGUCACCACACUUGUUUUCUGCAACAAGUUCCAGUUGUAUUUGUAGCAGGUGUGAAUAUUCUUCAACUGUUGGCCAUUGUUUAUCAGUAGAAGAGCCAAAAAAGUCAACACCUUUGUAUGCCAAACCUGAAAAAUGGCAUCCACAAGAACUAUCGUCUGUCUCUCCCAAUUUGAUAUGGGCAUUCUUCAUUUAUGGUUUGGUUUCUUGUUGGUCGGAUUUAAAGCAGAUGGGAAAACUGGAUGAAGAAAGCUGCAAGAAAGUCUCUGCCAUGUUUCAGCAUCACACAGACAAAGAAUCAGAAGGUAAAAACAACAAACCAAAGAAAUGGAACACAGACACCAAACAGAAGGAAAAUAAUAAAAGUCAACUGAAGAAUGACGGGAACCAAGGUGGUUUGAAUUCAUCUGAUGUUGUGGAGCCCCUUCAAUCCUGGCGAUCAGUUACACCAGUGGUAAACACAAAGCCUUUUGUGAACCAGUCAAAUCUUACAAAACACACAGGAAAUAACAACAUACAUCAGCAACAUCCAGCAAUAAGUUCAGGAAAUCUUAGCAUGUACCAGCCACAUACAAGACACACUGUGUCAGACCAGGUGUCAUCAGUUCACAGGAAAAGAAAGCUGGCAAUAAGAAAAAAAGAUAAUCAACGGUAUCACUGCAUCAGACACACAGUAAAGCCUUUCUUAUCAAGGAGUCUACUGCAUCAUUCCAAAUUGAAAACAUCUAGAAGACUUGUCAAGAGGAUGAACAGUUUGGAGAAGUUUACUUUUCAACAAAGCUCUGACUGGAAGACCAUUAAGCAUGACAAAGGGAGAUUCAAAUACCUUCACAUUAUGCCAGAUGUGAGAUCCGAGUUAAAUGUAUUUAUGCUUCCUUUCAACCAUCCAAACAGUCAUUCAGCUGCUGCAGUAAAUGGAACGAGUGGAACAGAUCAUGAGCAAGAAAACAGCAAUGAAUUAAUUGGGGCUACUGCAAGAAGACUCCAUGACAUGGAAAACCCACCAAGUACUUUCAAUGAGCAGAUCAGUGUAUUUGAACAGAUCAUCACUGGAACUGUCACAGAAAGUAUGAAGUUUGAAUGGGCUAGGUUUAAGUCUUUCUGGUCUUUUCCCAUGAGCUGCCCCAUUUCGCCCACUGUCCUGGCCAAAUAUGGUUUUUACUAUACAGGGAACGAGGACAAGGUCUGCUGCUUCUGCUGUGGAGUGAUCCAUGGAGACUGGCAGAAAGGACAGUCUGUCUAUGCUAUGCACUACCAGAUUUCAAGAAGAUGUCGCUUUAUGAGAGGGGAAAAUGUUGGAAAUGUGCCCAUACAUGGAUCGUUUUCCUCCCUCAGCCGAAGAGGUGGAGGUGAAGAAUCCGAACAAACAGCAGAAGAAAUGGAGUUGACAGCAAUGCUUCAGACACCAGAUAGCAUCACAUCAAUCCUUUUGGGUCGAGAAAGAGAUGCUGGAAACCCUAUAGCAACAGCAUCACUAGCGCAGGCCUUACCAACAGUACCUAGUGUUCGCACUGAAAUGAGGAAUGGUUUGGGAGCAGGAGGAACUUCUAAUCCCCCAACAUCACAGACAUCAGGUGCCAGUUCUUCCUCCGUAUCCCAGGCAUUGUCUCCACAACCGGUCACACCAGUGUCCACUCCAAAUCCGACACCGGCUGUCACUCAGCCAGGUCAGGCAUCAGCUCAUCAGCAGAUAUCAACUGCUCCUCAAACCUCUACUGUAUCUCAAGCAGCAUCUAAUGUUACGACCAAAACUGAGAGCCAAGCACAGAGUGAUACUGUGGCUAAUCAGCAACGACCAGCAAACCAACAGCAUCCCACGACACUGGCUCAACGUCAACAUCAACGACACCAGGAGCAACAGCAGCAACCUGGACAACAACAGCCCCUUGGCACAGGAAAUGGAGCGGCAAACAACCCUGCCAACCUGGGAGUCACAACAGCAAAGCCACGUUACCCUAACUACGCUGUCUUGACUGUCAGAUCAAGUACCUUCAACGGCUUUCCGAACCAUCUGGACCAGACACCCGUACAGAUGGCCCGGGCAGGUUUCUUUUAUGCAGGUUAUGGAGAUUAUGUAAGAUGCUUCUUCUGUGGAGGUGGACUUAGAAAUUGGGAGCCUGGUGAUGACCCCUGGGUUGAACAUGCCCGCUGGUUUCCGCGAUGUGCUUACGUCAAACAAAACAAAGGUCAAACCUUCAUUAACCUGGUACUUCAGAGACAGCGAGAAUUGACUCUACCCAAUGAAUACAUCAACACAACAACAGGAGCCUCUAGUGCAAAUCAGAGUGUCACCACCCAGACAGCCAGAAUAACGGAUAACCAGACUAGCACUGGAAGUACACCACCCGUUACUGGCCCCAACACAACCUCCAACCCUAGGCAGGCAGGUCCCACAGACAACCAGCGACACUCACAAACACCACCUAUAGUUACUGAUGAAGAAAUGAAGUCCCCGGCUGUUCUCAGCAUCAAAGAAAUGGGCUACAGCGAUGAAGUUAUUAAAACUGCCAUUCAACAUCUUCGCCGCAAUAGAGGUCCUGUACAGAUAUCAGCAGAACUCCUGGUGGAGACAAUAUUUGGUUUUGGUGAUGAGGACUUGCCUCCACAGCGACCUGAUCAGACACAAACAAGUAAUGUCCCAGCCACUGCUCAGACAAACACCAAUCCACCCAAGGACGAGACCCCUCCCUCAGAAGGAGCAGUAUCAACGCAACCUGAUCCAGGACCACCUCGCAGAUUAAGAGAUCGAGAUUCAUCCACACGUGCAUACACUGAAGAAGAGUUGAAAUCCAUCCAGGAGGAGAACAGCCAGCUCAAGGAACAGAUGAAAUGCAAAAUCUGCAUGGACAACGUUGUCUGUAUUUCUUUCCUGCCCUGUGGACAUCUUUGCUGUUGUGCAGAAUGUGCUCCUGCAAUGGUCAAAUGUCCAAUAUGUCGACAGAUUAUAAGGGGCUCUGUGAAAACUUAUCUGUCUUAAAAUAUCCGAGAUAUGAAAUAUGAGAUACGCAGAAUACAAGACCAUUUUAUUGGCUGACAUUGAAGACUACAACCUAUUCUAAGUUUAAAAGGAUGGAGUUGAUUAGUCAGUUUUAAGUUUUUAUUCACUAAAACUUAAAAAAACGUCUGUAAUUUAUAAGACGUGUUAAAAUUGACGAAUAUCUCCUUUAUGAAUGUCUUUUUAUGGAGAUAUGCUCUCCAAUCACAUAUUAUUUGUAGAUCAAAUGAGGCAUUGAAAGGUAUUUAUUUGCUUUGGGAUUUCGGUUAGAAAUCUUUAAAAUUCCUUCAUUCACAUCAAGCCCUUCCAACUGUAGAGUUGGCUCUCAACCAUGAUACGUCUCCUUCGUAAGUCAGAACUACAAGAUGGGGAAUAAACAACAGACAGAGGGCAAAUUGAAUGAAUUUGUCAAUGGAUGACAAACGAAAUUUUGCAAAACUUUCAUUGCCACUUUAGGUUGAAUUAUUUUUCCUACGAGAAAUAAAUGGAUAUUUGGAAGAGACAUUUUGAUGAACCAAUUGGAUCCAAGAUCAGUAACUCAUCAUUCUAUAGAUGGGAAAAAAAUCCUUAAGUCAAAGAUACACUAUGUCUCGGCUGUAACAUCAGAUGGAACCAAAUAGAAAUGAUAUCUCGUACAAUGUUUGGAUGUUAUCCAAUGCUGGGAAAAGUCCUAGUGGCGGUUUAAACACAGAUACAUGUAUAACGCAACAGGAUUUAUUAGAUAUUUUGUCGGAAAAGGAAAUCCUAUUACUCAAGCAUAAUGAAUAUGAUGACUACUUGCUAAGCUUGAGUAAGAUGGAAGCAAGUCAACCAUUAUUAUAUACACAGGUAUGUAAAUCAUCAUAAUAAACGCUGGUAAGUAAAUCAAAGUAAACAGAAAAGUAGACGUAUAUAUGUUUUAACACCAAAAAGAACAUUGUGUGCAUAUAAUUCAAGUAUGAGGUUUGUUGUGCUACAAUGUCGGAAGUACAUCAACGUUUGUUGGUGAAAGAGAAUUGACAUCGAAUAAAAUAAAUCAGUUCGGAAAUGGUUCAUAUUGUACAGUUCUACAUGGACUGUAGAGGCAUGGGCAAUGGAUGAUUUGAAGAGCGACAUAUCUACAACAGUUAUAUAUAUAUAUAUAUAUAUAAGUAUAAUUCUUAAAAUGAGGCGGCCACGGAAAUUGCCUGAGUGGAAGAUAUGUAAUGAAUAUUUUAUUGGUGUGAUGGAGAGUGGAGAGUAAAGAUGUGGAAGGAACCGAAUAUGUAUUGAGCUAGAAACAUUGUUAAUCAUUGCAUCAGAAGAACAUGCUAUAUUGUUACAUAACAUAUCGUCAUGAACACCGUCUCAAUGGCUAAAUGUCAACACAGUCUUAAACUGUCUUCCGGUGCAAGAGUUCGAACACUUGCAGUAUUGUGUAACACAUGAAAUUAGCAUUAGUUAUUUUUUCCUGAUUAUUGAUGUCAGACGUGGUAACCGAUGUCGCACCAGUAAAAUACAAGUUGUUCUCUACCCACUCCGAUAAGGGAUAAUCUUUUCUGAUAGUGUGUCAGGCCAGUAAACCAGAAUUCCCAGGUUCCAUCCCUUGCAGUGGCAUUGGAAAUUAAUGGCAUUUUGUACCAGAACAUGGAUUUCACAGAGAACAUUGUAUGUUAAGUAAAGAUGCAAGCAGUAUGAAAGUUCUUUUUCAGAAUAUGGUAAACUGUGUUGUGACCUAACCCGAAUAUUGUUGAGUUCACGUGUCUAUAGAAAAACUUAACUAAAAAAGACAAACAAGUUUAUCUGGGUACUCCGGUUUCCUGACACAUUAACACUCCUUCCGGGCCAACAAGAGUGAUUAAUACAAGUUCAAAAAACUUGUUUCAUUUUUGUUAGCUCACCUGCUCGUAGCGCAAUGGAGCUAAUACUGCCGUCACACCGGACUGGCGUCCUUACCGCGUCCUAAACUGUCAUAUUUUGGAGAACGCCGAUGGUCGCCUUGAGAACGCCAAUGAUUUUUCUAAAAUAAAUCCAGAUUUCGAGUCAGCCGUCACACCGGAAUUCUGUGCUCUGCGAUCUGUGUAUGUACCCGGCGUUCCCAACACGACCUUACCGCGUUCUUACUGCGUCCUUGGAGUUUCUAUUGAGUUUACACGGCGUCACUGCGGCGUCCAUACGGCGAUCAGCGGCGACCUCACUGCGACCCCACUGCGUUCUUAGCGAAAUAUCCGCCCUGACAUCGCGUUAAGGACGCCAUAGACGUGAUGGGGUCGUGGUAAGAACCCCAUAGACGUGGUAAGGACGCAGUAAGGUCGCCAUUGGAUCCCCUGAUCCUUUUCUCUGCGUUUACAUGGCGACUGUACUACGUUCCUUUGGCAUUGUUCGGGUUCCUACUGCGAUGCUACGGCGACCAUGGCGACCUCAGGGCGAUCCCACGGCGUCCUGAGCCAGGACGCGCUCAGGACGCCGAACCUCGUCGUUUACUUUGAACAUGUCCCAAGUAAACGCCGUCGCUCUGCGACCUUCGGCGUCCUUGGGGUACCCACGGCGUCUUGUUGCGUUCUCACCACGACCCUACGGCGUCCAUGGCGUCCCUUCCACGUCCUGGGUCGCCGUAGGGACGCCGUAGGGACGCCAGUCCUGUGUGACGGCUGUAUUAUGUAAUGGUUCGGCGUUCGUCGUCCGUCCGUCGUCCGUCAACUUUUCCUUAAAACAACUUCUUCUGAAGAAUGAACAGGCAUAA